AUGGGACAGGUGAAGGAACAUGGUUUCAGCGGAGCAUUGUCUAAUAAAAUGGGAGACCCUACAAGCAAAAAAGUUCGGGACACUUGUAAAAAGCGGACGGUGAAGAAAAAGUCAGAAGAAAUGAAAAAGUAUGUGGUCCGAACUAUCACGACGUCAUUUUGGAAAGGUUUUUGA